AUGACAGAAACAAAGCGCAUUGGUCAAUUGAAGAAUCAAAAAAAAAAAUGUUUAUAUGCUAAUUUUACCGCCUUUUUAGACUAUUAUGGAACUACUCAAAUGUCUGAUCCAUCCAAUAGCAAAAAACACGAAGUUUGGCUUAAUUUUUUGAAAUGGUUUUACGACAGUAAUGAUUUGUAUUACCAGAAUUUAUAUGGUUUGAAAUCAACUGAAUUUAAGGAGCCGUUUAAAAGUGUACUUGAAGGUAACUAUUAUAACAAUCAGAACUUAGAUUAUUUUUUGAGUAACAAGAAUGAACUAGAAAAAUUAUUGAAAUUAUAUUAUUUUGGACAAAAUGUUGGAGAUAUUAAAUCCAUACUACAAAAUCUACACGAUCCAAAUUAUAAAGUUACUUGCCAAUAUGUCAAUGAAUGUCUUCAUUUAUUUAGAGAACUUAAAAGAAAUUAUUGCCCAAAGGGAGUACCCAGUGAUUACAGCAGUAAUACUGUGUGUAACCAAUUAGGAGAGUUUGCAAAUAGGUAUGAAUAUACCCUUUAUGAACCUUUAAAAAGACAUAAUAAAAUGUCAUCCGUAGAUAAGUAUCCAGAUGCAGCACAAGUAAGAUGUGAAUUGACCGAUUCAUUGUUUUAUACUCCAUUUUGGAGUUUGUAUAAAGCCAAUGUAGAUGAGUUUACAGUAUUUGGAAAUUUUGUUGUCGCUGGUUUUGUCAUGUUUGCCGUAUACUUAAUUCUGCUAAUUUUGUACAAGUUUACACCCAUCGGACUGAGAUUUAACCCAGAAGGACAAAGAAAAGCAAGACGAAUAUGGAGAAAAGUUGAAAUGGAACAAGCCCGAAAUAAUCGAGGCGAAUAUAGUGAUGAUGACGAGAGCUUAUAUUCAGAUAAUGAAGGGUCAUCGAACACGUUUGUAUAUGGAAAUAAUAGAUAUUAUUAA